UUACUAGGUUCCAAGACUUGAUCUGGGCUUGAUGGAUGUUUUGUUGAACUAAAUUGAACUGAAAUGGAGAAGAAAUUGCUUGUUCAAUAAGGUUGUCUGUUCUACUUCUAUUCCUUUUCCUUUUCCUUUUCUUGCAGCAUCAUGUGACAUGAAAAGAAUCAAUUUAGAGCUGGUUGGUUAAUCGUAAGACGUUCCCUUGCAUCUCUCACUUUGCCUUUCCAUGCCCUUUUUAUUUUAGUACGUUUGUUCCCAAUAAAAAAUACAAUAGAGUCAAGGAAGUUGGGAAGAAAAGCUCCAUGGAAGCGGAGCUGUCGAUACAGACUUAUGGGCCUGGAAGUCAUAGGUUGGGGGCCUUGGAGCUGGAAGCUUUGGGACCAGGAUGGAUGCUACAUUUAGGGUUUGGGGCGCUUAACGUCAGCAUAUCAAGGAAGGAUGUAAUACGUUGGUCAUAUAAGGAAAUAAUCCAAUUGUAAUUGUACGGAACGUCUUUUUUAAAUUGGCUUGACUUGAAGUCAAAACGUUGAAGACAGAGACACCGAAAAGACAAGAGGCACAAACAAACUCCAGGAAUUCCAAUAAGAGAAGGCUCCUUCCAAGGUAAGCCAUCUGAAAUAAUUUGCUAGGCUCCUUCCAAGUUAUUCCAAGUUAAGCCAUCUAAAGAAUCUGUUAAUUUGCUAGGCUCCUUCCAAGUUAUCCCAAGUUAUUCCAGGUUAAGCCAUCUAAAGAAUCUGUUAAUUUGCUAGAAGGAGUCAUUCCAAGUUAAGCCAUCUGAAGAAUCUACAUAUUACUCAUUUCCUAUGCAACACCCACAUUUUCUAGUAGUCUACUUCAUCCUACUUCCUUCAUAGACAAAAAUUCCCUUGUUUCUUAUGCCUUAUGGCUCAAGAACCAGCAUUAUUGGAUCUCUCCUGUAAUGAUUUUCACUUGUCUCCACUUUUCUGUGAGGCGGAUGAAUUAGAUGCGGAAGGUGAUCAGAUUUUUCCCGUAUCAGAUGUGAGGUGUGCUCAAGGAUUGCAGUUGCAAGAAGCUCUAGUGGCUUCGAUGCUCCCAGAACCGUCUCAGGGUUAUUCUACACUUAAUAUUGCUGCUAAUGUUGCUACAUCAUCAUCAUCAUUCAGUUUUAAAGUAGAACAGGCAGAGGAAGCGAUGACAGCAGAAUCGGGCGAAUCUUCACUGAUUUUUUGUGAAAUUUGUGUGGAUAGAAAAGAAAGAGAUCAGAUGUUCACGAUUCAAAGUUGCGGCCACGUGUUCUGUAACGAAUGCAUUAGCAAACAUGUUGCAGCCAGACUUGAGUACAAUGUACACGGUAUCAGGUGCCCUGCUGUGAAUUGUGGAAGUGCGAUUGAGUUUGAUUCUUGUAGGUCUUUUAUGCCUAAAGAUGUAUUGGAAAAGUGGGAUGAGAUGCUUUGUGAUGCAUUGGUUGAUGCAUCUCAGAAGUUUUAUUGUCCUUUUAAGGAUUGUUCAGCGAUGUUGGUGAGAGAUAGCGAUGAAGUUAUUAGGGAAUCCGAGUGUCCUAUUUGUCGGAGAUUGUUUUGUGCUCAAUGUUAUGUGCCGUGGCAUCCUGGGGUUGAUUGUGAAGAGUUCCACAGGAUGAAUGAGGAUGAAAGAGGGAGGGAAGAUCUUAUGCUGAGGGAGCUUGCCAAGGCGAAAAGUUGGAACAGAUGUCCUAGAUGCAAAUACUACGUCGAAAGAAAUCAGGGCUGCAUACACAUGACUUGCAGGUGUGGAUUUCAAUUCUGCUAUACUUGCGGAGAACCUUGGAGUUCAGCUCACGGUGGUUGUUAGCAAAUAUAAUUUCUGCACCUCAGCACAAAUCAUAUGUAAAGUUUCAAUUUAGUUUGUCUGAAGACCAUUGAUUAUGGGGAAGCAUCUAUCGUACUAUCAACUCAAAAUUUGAGACUCUAGCGAAUGGACAACUAUAGUAGAAGUGCGCAAGUAAAGAAUGUACGCUGCCUGAAAAAACGGUUGCGAAUAUAAAAAAAUGGGUUGAGAAACAUGUUUAUGAUGUAAGUGAAAUAUUAUUUAAAAAAAUUUGGUUAUCCAAACACAUUCUUAUUUGGAUAGGAGUUUAUUUGGAUGAUUUAUUUGAG